GCGCGAUUGACCACUAGUGCCAUCCAGCUCAGCCCUCAAGCAACUUUGUUUCGCCGUGACCGCCUAACCCUUGAGCCUUGUAACUCGCAAGUUUUCACAACACCGAUGAUCAGCUCUUUCUAUCAAUUAUUCGUCAUUUGAAACAAUCUUGCAGAAUCGCUCUUGCAUUUUAUACCUUUCAGUUCCUCGGUCAAUCUGUGUUUGCAGUCAAUCAACUCGGUUCCUCGUGGUUCACCUCUGUAAAACAUUGCACCUCAACCAUCAAGUCUUCCUUGCAUUCAACCGUUGCUACCACGUUCUUUCAGCUCAUUCAUUUCACUCCUACGUACAAUUAGAAGUCUUUCAUAUCCCUUUUUGCAUCCAUGGCGCCAAAAGCAUCAAUAUCGAAGCAAUCACUCAUUUCUUCCAGGACUGGUGCAAGUGAGGUCAAUGACGAUUCUUCGGCUGCAUACACAUCCAACUCUGAAAAAUCAGCUACUUCAACUUCAUCUCGGAAGCCUAAAAUAAAAUCUCACCUUUGGGCACAUGAAAAAGCUACCGAACCUCACUCUGAAUUUUCCAGUAGUCAUGGGGUUGGACAUGGAGCAAGUCAAAUCCCACUUGAGGAUGAUUCUCACAUGCCUUGCAUGACAUUUAGGGCUGUUCUCGUCGGUUUAUUUGUUAGCUCAAGCGCUGCUGUCAUCCAACAAUUUUUUCUGUUCAAACCAUCUCAAUCGCAAGUACAACCUCUUUUUCUACAAUUGACAUGUCUCUUCAUCGGGCGUGGUCUGGAAAAUAUUUCGGGGCCUACAUGGUGGAACCCGGGACCUUAUUCUCUGGAGAAUGCUCUGAGUUCAAUAAUGGCCACAGCCGCUGCUGCCGGAACGCUUGCAGUUGAAAUGAUUGCCACCGAAGAACUCUUCGAAGAUCGGCCUUUCCAUUAUGGAACAGCUAUGGCCAUCAUGCUGAGCUCGCAGUUGAUAGGUUACGGAUUUGCUGGAAUCUUGAGGCGUCCCUUGGUUUACCAUAAACAUGCCGUCUUCCCUGCUGUGCUACCAUCGGUCGCGCUGUUUCAUUCCUUUCACGACCGAAGUGAUCUGGUUGAGAGACAGCUUAAAUUAUUUAAGCGUACUUUUUUUGGGAUGGCUAUCUUCGAAUUAUUCCCUCAGUACAUCGCACCCACUCUUCAAGGAAUCAGUCCAUUCUGCAUGCGUUGGCAGCGUAGCGAAACGAUUACGCGUUAUUUUGGGGGCGUGCUUUCUCAAGAAGGGCUAGGAUUGGGCAGUAUCUCGCUCGAUUGGAACGCUGUUGGAGCGCUGGGACCGCUCUAUACACCCUUCGCAGCGCAAGUCAACGAAUGGGGUGGUAUUCUUCUGUCUUUCCUAUUCUUGAUCAUUGGCUACGAAAAAUCUUGGUUCUCCGGGGGAAAGAAAGAUGGGUUCCCUUUCCUGAAUUCACAGCUCCUCACUUCCGACGGUCAACGCUACAACCAGACCGCAAUCAUCAAUGAAGAUGGUACCGGUAACUGGGAAAAGAUCGAAGAGCUCGGGGCCCCGUACUUCGCCACGUCCUACGUCCUCACCAACAUAGCCACCAAUUUGGCCGUGGGAGGUGCAAUUACUCAUUGUUUAUUGUGGGGGUGGAGCUCGAUCUCUAGUGCUUUCAUGUUCAGAAGAGAAAUGCGAUCUGAAGAUGUGGACCCUCAUUGGACUGUCUGUAAAAAAUAUAACGAGGUUCCCAUUUGGUCAUAUUUGGCGAUCUUAUGCUUCUCAAUCUCAGUUGCGUUUUUGGCGGCUUCACUAACAACAUCAGGACUGAGCGCAGGUGCGUUAAGUAUGGCAUUGGUACUUGCUGCCGUCUUAGUCAUUGCGGCGGCGUUUCUACGAGCCACGACGGGAGCUAUGUUAGAAGUCGAGCCAGUAAUCCAGAUGAUAGGUGGUCUUGUGUACCCAUCAGACGCUUUCGGAAACAUGUGGUUCUGUACCUAUGGAUCCGCAACUGUUUCCCAAUCAAUCAGUAUGCUACAGGAUUUGAAAUUGGGAAUUUACCUUCACUUACCACCGAUCAAUGUAUUCACGGCGCAAAUUGUUGGAACGCUCGCUGGGGUAGUGUUCAAUUAUUUGAUCAUGAGCUUGGUCGUCAACACCAAUCGAGAAGUCUUACUCUCUCAGUACGGAAGUCACGUCUUUACUGGUGUGGCUUUGGAAGACUUUCAAACCCAAGCUGUUAGUUGGGGUAUAUUUUCUCGAAAGCUAUUCACGAUUGGAGAGAGAUAUGUGGCUGUGCCCGCUUCUCUAGGUAUCGGACUUUUAUUACCCAUCCCACCUUACAUCAUACAGAGGAUAUGGCCCAAACUAGGCUUUCGCUUGAUCAAUGUACCAUUGAUCUGCGGAUCUUUUGCUUAUACACUCAAUCGUGCAAAUGCGGCAUUUACCAUGGCAGUUGUUGCAGGAUUUUUGUCACAAUUCUAUGCACGAAGAUAUCGACCAAAAUGGUUUUACAGGUAUAACUAUAUCCUCAGUGCAGCACUUGACGGUGGAGCACAAGUGACUGCCGUAAUUCUUGGAUUUGUCGUUGAAGGUGGCGCUGGUUGGAAACAACUAGCAUUUCCUUAUUAUUUCUUGAACCCUAGGGGUAAUCCUUUCGAACAUCGCGCACCUGAUUAUUGCUACCUCAGUGUUUUACCUGAAUGAAUAAAACUGAGUUGCUCUAUUUUUCUAUGUAUAUGAAUCUACACCAAAUUACCACUUCAAGUUCAACAAUAUAGAAUAGGCAGUAUUUUUCAUUCUUUCUCUUCUUACUGUACUCCUGUAUCUCAAUUCUCAUGAAGUUUACAAUCUCAACAUAGUGAAUAGAUAGUAUUUUUCAUCCUUUCUCUUUUUGACUGUACUGAUAUGUCUCAAUUCUCAUGAAGUUUCAAUCUCAAUUGUAAUCUGAAGAUGGACUCAGUCUCCCAUUGAAGUAAUCCAGAGCAUUUUUGGACUAAAAACAAAAUCCCAG